CCUCAAAUUAAUUAUUCAUGUGAAGUACACCCUCUGCAAGUUUUUUCUCACAUUUACAAUGAACCUAUCUACUCUUCCCUUACUUCUACUGCUCUUCCAAGUGGCUCAUUUUGUUUCUUAUGAAGCUGCUUCCGUUCUAGAUGGCCUCAAAUCCUAUUCCCAGCUUGAUCUUCCUCACUCGGUUUUUGGUUCUGAAAGUGCAGCCUUCGAUUGCCAUGGUAAAGGACCAUAUGUCGGAGUUUCUGAUGGUAGAAUCCUCAAGUGGCAUGACACAAACAAACAGUGGAUUGACUUUGCAGUUACCUCUCCACACAGGGACAAGAAAGUGUGUGAUGGGUUAACAGACGAAAGCAUGGAAUCAAUCUGUGGAAGACCAUUGGGUCUGAAAUUCAACAGUGUGACUUGUGAUCUGUACAUUGCAGAUGCAUACUUUGGGCUUCUCAAGGUAGGACCAGCAGGUGGCGUGGCUAAGCAGUUAGCCACUUCUGCAGAAGGGGUUCCGUUUAUGUUCACAAAUGCCUUGGACAUUCACCCCAAAACUGGUGAAGUUUAUUUCACAGAUAGCAGCAUCCUAUUCCAGAGAAGGGUCUACAUGUCGAUAAUUCUGAGCGGGGACAGAACUGGAAGGUUGCUGAAAUACGUGCCCAGUAGCGGAAGAGUGUAUGUGUUGGUGAAAGGUUUGGCAUUCCCCAACGGUGUGGCGCUGAGCAGGGACAGCUCCUUCAUUCUGGUGGCGGAAUCAACCACUUUUAAGAUUUUUAAAAUUGCGCUGAGCGGCGGCAACAACAUAGAAACUUUUGCGCAGGUUCCGCGUUCCCCAGAUAACAUAAAGAGGAACGCAAAAGGGGAAUUUUGGGUGGCACUUAACAGCGGGAGGGGAAGGAUCAAUGGUUUGGAAAAGGAAACAGAAGUUGAAGCGACGGUUCCGUGGACAACAGAUCCCGUGGCGAUUAAAUUUGAUGCAGAGGGGAAUGUUGUUGAGGUGUUGGAUGGAAGAUAUGGACAACAGCUUAACUCUGUUAGUGAAGUGGAAGAACAUGAUGGAAGUUUGUGGAUAGGUUCUGCAGUGCAACCUUACGUUGCUGUCAUCAAACCCUAGUUUUUCUGUCUGGUUGUUUAGUGUGUUUUCUUUCUGUCUUUUUUAUAUCAAAACUCCAUUUGUUUUGAUGAAAUAAGAUUGAUUUUAUUCCAAUGUUUAAUGAAA